ACAGCCGGAUGUACCAUAUACGAACUCGGCUUACACCUUUAGCAUAUUUCUUGAAAGAAAUACCAUCCGUUUACCGAAUCAUACCACGCUCCCCCGUUGCUGUUCUCGUUCGAUUCAAGCUUUGCUCAUCGGGAAGAAGCAGUCAUCCAUGGACAAUCAAGAGCCCCAGUUGAAUGCUUUGGGAUCACUAUCCUUGCACUCCUCAUCCUCUAGCCCGUGCAAUUCCGUGUCCUAUUAAUGAAAUUCUCUUCCCCUGCUCCUUCUACGCGUAUAUGUGUUCAAUUGUUCCCAAUGCUAUGGGCUUUUUUUGUGAUUCGUUGUUAGUUUUUUUUAAUCAAGGAUGAGUUUGGAGGAGAGAUUUGAUGUUGUUCGGAGCACAGGGGAAGAGUGUAUCCAGGAAGAAGAGUUAAAGAAUCUGUUGGCGAAUAAGCCUCAGCCAAUAUGCUAUGAUGGAUUUGAACCCUCUAGUCGGAUGCACAUGGCUCAGGAUAGCAGGGAAGAAGUAAUACAGGCAUGGUAUAUGGAUGAUAGCAAUGCAGACCAGAGACUUCCUCAUCACCGUGAGCCAAAUCUGUUUGUCUCCUUUGACAAACUUGAUGAGCUUGGAGUGCUCAGCUGGAGGUUAGAUGCUGACAAUUAUGAAAAGGAUGAGGUUUUGAAGCAAAUCCGUGAAUCCCGAGGAUAUUCAUACAUGGACUUUUGUGAGGUGUGCCCUGAAAAGUUGCCCAAUUAUGAAGAGAAGAUAAAAAAUUUCUUUGAAGAGCAUCUUCACACUGAUGAAGAAAUCCGCUAUUGUGUUGCCGGGAGUGGUUAUUUUGAUGUACGCGAUAAGAAUGAUGAAUGGAUCAGGAUCUGGGUGAAGAAAGGAGCGAUGAUAAUCCUCCCUGCCGGAAUUUAUCACCGUUUUACCCUUGAUUCUAAUAAUUACAUUAAGGCGAUGCGACUCUUUGUUGGUGACCCAGUUUGGACUCCGUUCAACCGCCCACAUGACCAUCUCGACGCAAGGAAAAAGUACAUUGAAACAUUUGGGACGGAUGAUGCUACUACAGGUCUUGCUGUUGAUGCUGCUGCCUAAGUAUGCUAUUGUAUUACCAACUACACUACAGACUACUAUUAUAGAACCAAGAAACUUUAACAUCAUGGCGCCAGUUAUCGUUACACUUUGAUAAAAUAAUGUUUCCCAUAGGCACGUGUAUUCUAUGUGAUGGCCAUGGAUUCAGUUUGAUUAUAUGUAUAAAUAUGUGAGUUUGUGAUGACAAUUUUUGCCAGUGUUGAACUGCUGACAUGAAUUGGCCCAAUUAGUCCUAGAUCAUGGAUGGGUUUGAUGAAAAUAUUUGCUGAGUUGCACCAAAAAUGAAAUGUGUUUUUGAGGUAGCCACAAUAUUAGUAAAGGUGUAGUUAUUAUAUUUGUG